GUUAGUUAAAAAAACUAGUUUGGAAUUACAUCCGAAAAAGACAUGUAUUAUUCAACUACAGAAAGUUAUCUAAAUAUAUCUUUCAUGUAUGAAGUCACUCAUCAAAUCUUCAUUUAAUAAUACGCUCCUUCGGGAACAUUUUUCUUUUUUUUGUAUUCAACAAUUGCUUUUUCUUCCAUAAAUAAUUAUUUAGCUGUGAGUAGGUUUUUAUUCGCUCUCUAUGAUCAUAAACAAUCCAACAAAAAACUUCGGUCGAUGAGCUCAACAUCUUAUUUGUAAAAAACGGUGUUCACUUCGCUAGGCGGCUGAAAACUGAUUAAUCGACCUCUCUAGUCAAAACAUUGACAUUCAACUAGGCGGAUAUGCAAUACCUUUCAUGCUUAAAUCUUAUCACUCGGUGCGCUAUGAUAUUGAUAUCCGAAUGUUUUACUCUGUUCCGCUUACGACGCUGUAGAUCACAUGAUUCAUAGCAAUAAUUCCAGCAAGAUUUAGGCUACUGGAUAAAGCCAUUUUGCGAUAAAGCAUUUAACGAUAAAUGGGUAUCUUUUGCACGCGAAUAUUUUCUUAUUCGGCAACCUGUAAACUCUGUCGUUAUUCCGUUUCAAUUGAUAGCAGUCGCUUUUGGAGACACAGCGAUUGAUAGUCUGAAUUGUCUAAUAUAAUAUAUAUUAUCAUCUUUCAACCACAGUUAUGAGUCACAUUCAUCGGCAACUUAAGCUUCCACCUUACCAAAAAAAGAAAAAUCAUGCCCGCUGUUUAGAAGGUCAGUCUACUCGCAUCUUAAAAAUGUCAUCCAGCCAGGAGUACCCGGUUUUACCCGAAGGUUUGCAACCAAUGGAAAAUCAAGUGGCGGGGCACAAUUUUCAACAGGGUACAAAAAAUUUAGGUUUAUUAAAAAAUAUAGUCGACGGAUCCCUUUUGAAGCCAGCCGGAAAACUGCUAUGUGGAGCUCGAGAAAUUAAAUUCUACGAGCAAGUCCAAGCUGCUACCAACGAAACAGAUUUGGUUCCUCUGAAGGAAAUAAUUCCACAGUACAUGGGACAUUUGAAGCUGGAAAUAGACGGUAGAGCUGUGCAAUUUUUGAAGUUGUCCGAUUUGACCCAUGGUAUGCUGGAACCAUGUAUUAUGGACGUUAAAAUCGGAUGUCAAACCUGGGACCCAUUAGCAAACGCGGAAAAACGGAAUGCAGAGGAAUCUAAGUAUCAAGCCUGCAAGCAAAAUUUGGGCUUAUGCAUACCAGGCUUUCAAGUUUAUUCGCUCAGCAAUGGUCGCAUUAUGCGGUAUGGUAAAGAAUACGGCAAAAAAUUAACGGAAGUUACUGUUAAAGACGCAUUCCGCAAGUUCCUAAAUGCUGAAAGUGGCUUAUGUCGACAGUUGUUGAUUCAGUUUUUGUCUGAUCUUUGGACUAUACAGAAAUGGGCCCGAACACAAACCACGUUUCGGCUCUAUGCUAGUUCCGUCCUGUUAGUAUAUGAUGCGCGUCGUCUCAAACCGACGUUGCAACAUCAAUCCAAGAGUCUGAAUAGUUAUAAUGGCAUACCAAGUGGUAACAAUUCGUGCCCUAAUAGCCCCACCGAAGUAAACAGUAGUGCGAAUAAGCAACGUGUAGGUUCUAGCUCACCCUCGUCUGUUUCACCCACUGGUGCAGACAGUAGGGUGGAGCCUUUACAGCAUUAUUUCAAAAUUCAAAGGAGUCAUUCGGCCAUGCACAACUAUGAAGAGGAAAUGAAGGGAAUGCGCGAGAAUUAUAUCCUAAUGCGAGAUAAUCUGGUUGGUUCAUAUGAUAACAAAGUGUGGGCCAGUGCUCGCAUGAUUGACUUUGCGCAUGUGUUUCCAAACGAGGAAAGUACUAUCGAUAACAACUAUCUACAGGGCAUAGACAGUUUAGUCAAAAUUUUUGAAUGUUUUCUAAGAGAGUGCGAAUCGGAGAAUGCCCCCAAGCCGGGUGUACCAUAGACAUGCUUCAUACUUCUUUGUCAAAAUGAAAAUAUGUUGUUUAAGUCGCUGUAUUUGGACCAGUUUUCGUCGUGAUCUUAGAUCACUCAAUAUCAAUUAAGCCUAGCACAAGAUAGUUGACUGAAAAACUGACUGCGGCGGAGUAAAUUGUUUUCCAUUUAUUAUUUUCUUUACCUAAAAUAUAGCAUAAUUUUGCGCAAGCCAUGAUGACAGACAAAGAUAUUUAUGGUAUUAUUAACAGCUACGCUUCAGACCGGUACUUUCAAUUAGACAUUACAAUUGGUUUUACAAUAAAUCCCAGUUCCAUUUUUUA